GUCCCUCCGCCCGUCGGUUCCCGGUGCUCCGCACUAUGAAGGUCGCUGCCGCUGCCCCCUCGCCGCUGCCCGCAGGUGCUGGUGCCGCAUUGAAGGCAGUGCGGCCGGGGGAGGCCGCCCGGUGCGGGCCGGGCCCGGGGGUGUCCCCGGGAGCGGCGGAGCAGGCGGCGGCCGCGCUGCUCUACGACAUGAAGGGCUGCUACUCACGGCUGCGGGCGCUGGUCCCGACCCUGCCGCGGCACCGGAGGGUGUCCAAGGUGGAGCUGCUGCAGCACGUUAUAGACUACAUCUGGGACCUGCAGCUGGCGCUGCAGCUGGGCCCCCCCCGCCCCGCAGCCGCCGGGGAGUCCCCCGAGGUGAGUGCGGACCCCCCGGUACCGGCACCCGUUCCCCGAGCCCCUUGCGCUUUAUCAGCCCCGGGGGUGCCUCUUCCUCCUGCCCCUUCCAUCCCGGGACGUCCCCGCCGGCUCUCACCGCCCUCUUCGCCCUCCUCUCCCGCAGGCUCCGUGCGUCCCCGCUGCCGACCGGAUCCUCUGCCGCUGACACCGUUCCGGACCCGCCGCGGACAUCCCGGGACCGUGGCCGCCUGCAUCCCGGGUCCCCCCGGGGGAUCCCCCCGCAGCCCGGGCCGGGGGUGCUGCCCGAUGUAUCCUUCUCAGAUUGCUGAGAGCAUUCCCCGUAUUGUAUAUUACAAUGAUGCUGGAGAAUAUUGUUCUACAAUAGCUGGAGUUUUGUUAUUAAACAAGCCCUGAUGACCA